GCGAGUAGAUCCAUUGCUCAAUUCAUACAGUGACUAUGAAGACAGUGUUUACGGCCUUGCUUGGAGUUCUAGAGAGCCUUGGAUAUUUGCAUCAUUGUCCUAUGAUGGGAGGGUUGCAUCAUAUGUUAUUACAGUUUCCAAACAGAGGUGGUAG